CGCGGCGGGGCGGCCCGGCGGGCAGGGGGCGGGCGCGCCUGCGCACUGCCGCGCCUCGGCAGCGGGCUCGGCGGUGACCUCGAGCGGCGGCCGGGGAAGAUGGCGGCGGCGGCGGGGCUCUCCCUGAAGGUGCGGCAGCUCAGCACGUCGGCGGCGAGGCCGCUCUCCAAACUGGUCAAGCCCCCGAUCCAGGUGUACGGGCUGGAGGGGCGCUACGCCACCGCGCUGUACUCGGCCGCCAGCAAGCAGAAGAAGCUGGAGCAGGUGGAGAAGGAGCUGAGCCGAGUGUGGACCCUCUUGAAGGACCCCAAGCUAUCCAGUGUUGUUAUGAACCCUCACACCAAGAGCACAGUUAAACAAAAAGCUGUGAACGAUGCCAUAGCGAAAGAGAAGAUGUCCCCUAUUAUUGUCAACCUGAUGAAUUUGCUUGCUGAAAACGGUCGCUUGCGUUACACACCAGAGAUUGUUUCUGCGUUUGGAAAGAUCAUGAGCGCAUACCGUGGAGAAGUGCUGUGCACAGUCACCACUGCACAGCCCUUGGAUGACGCCAGCCUUACUGAGCUAAAAAGUGCUCUGAAUGGAUUCUUGGCUAAGGGCGAGGUCUUGAAGCUGGAAGCCAAGAUUGAUCCGUCGAUCCUUGGUGGCAUGAUUGUCAAUAUUGGGGAGAAGUACGUGGACAUGUCAACAAGGUCAAAGAUCCAGAAACUCACCAAAAUCAUGAAAGAGACUAUCUAGCAAGCUGUCUUAGUCACUCACAGUGAAACCUGUCAGAUGGAAACAAUAAAAUACUUCUUCUUGAA